GCUUCAGCCAAUAAGAGCGCGAAUCUGCUGCUCCAUCCAGGCGCUUGGACUCUCCUCGCGCGACCUGCCGCGGUCACAGGAGGCGCUGAAUGGAUGGGUGGGGCAGUGCGCGCCCAGCUAGAUUUCGGGAGUGGGGGCUUAGAGAGCACUGCGCGUAGAGGCCUGUCAGAGUCUUUCGCAAAGUAGAGCGAGGGCCGAGGUGGGCGCUCCGGACCCUGAGGCGCGCGCAUGUUGUCUGGGUUGUCGUCCCGGUGCGCAUGCGCCCCCACGCGCGCUCCCGCACAGCAGAGGGGGCCCCUGACAGCCCUGCAGAAGAAGCGGCCGUCCUCUCUCUUGGGACAGGGUGGGAGGUGGGACAGACAGGUCGUAGCAAGCCUUCGCGUCGGAUACUUGCCAGAACACGAUUAAUGGAUGCCUGGAAGUUGAUGUACAUAUAUAUGCAGAAAUGUUUUGCCACCUGAGGCCUGUGAAAAAGUUAUGUCUGGAGAAAACAUUUCCACACUGGUUUCUCUACUCUAGAGCUUUAUCAGGAGCUGAAGCAGUCAAUGCCUUGAGGCCUUUCUAUUUUGUAGUACAUCCAGAUUUCUUUGGACAGCACCCCAGAGAAAGGGAAGUCAAUGAAAAUUCUCUGAAGAGAUUGAGUGUCUACUUAGAAAAUCUCCAGAAACCAGGUUUCAAGUCCUUGAAACCAACUCAGCUUACAUUUUAUGUGAGAGAAACCGACCAGAAUUCCUCUGAUGGCCAGGAACCCUUUAGUGCUUCUGGAUUCCGAGCCGUCAAAUUUACUUUGCACACCAGAGAUCUGCUAAGCACAGUAUUAGAUAUUCUCAACUCCUGCAGUUUAUCUACUGAACAUAUCCAAAACUUGAAUACUAAUGUGCAUUCUCAGCCUCUUAAGGAAGCUAAAAAAAUACCUGACAGGCCCAUCAAAUGGGACAAGUCUUAUUACUCCUUUACUGGAUUCAAGGACCCUGAUGAAGACCUUGAACAAGUUUCAAGAAUGGAAACAACCCUAAUAUCCUGGUUAGAUAACAAUGAAAGAAGCGCUGUUAAAAAGCUGAAGAAUAGUUUGCCGCUUAGAAAAGAACUUGAUCGUUUAAAAAAUGAACUGUUACAUCAAUUGCAGCUCUCGGAUAUCAGGUGGCAGAGAAGUUGGGGGAUUGCCCACCGCUGUAGCCAGCUGCAUAGUUUAGGCCGUUUAGCACAGCAGAACUUGGAUAUACUUAAAAAUGCAAAAGGGUGUACAAUAAUAUUUACAGACCGUUCCGGGAUGAGUGCAAUGGGCCAUGUGAUGCUAGGAACAAUGGAUGUCCAUCAUCACUGGACAAAAGGUCUGGAGAGAGCGGCAGUCCCAUCCUUUCUAAUGGCUUACACAGUGGCCCUGCUGUCUCCGAAAACUGGGCUUUUUGAAAGAUUGCCAAGUUAUUUGGACCUACAGAGGAGAUUGAUGCUUUUAGAAGACCAAAUAAGCUAUCUUCUAGGUGGCAUACAAGUUGUUUAUAUAGAAGAAUUACAGCCAGUAUUGACACUUGAAGAAUAUUACUCUCUUCUUGAUGUGUUCUAUAAUAGACUAUUGAAAAGUAGAGUACCUUUUCACCCUCAAAGUCUGCGUGGUUUACAAAUGAUCGUUAACAGUGAUAGAUAUGCUCCAAGUCUACAUGAACUCGGGCAUUUUAACAUCCCCACACUCUGUGACCCAGCCAGCCUCCAAUGGUUUAUUCUCACCAAAGCCCAGCAGGCAAGAGUGAACAUGAAAAGAAAGGAAGAGUUAAAGAUUCUUGAAAAUGAAUUGAUACAGGCUUCAACAAAGAAAUUUUCUCUGGAGAAAUUAUAUAAGGAGCCCGGAGUUUCUAGUUUACAAAUGGUGGCUUGUUGUAAGAGACUUCUAGAACAAUCACUGCCUUAUCUACAAGGGAUGCACCUCUGUGUUUCACAUUUUUACUCUGUUAUGCAAGAUGGAGACCUUUGUAUUCCUUGGAAUUGGAAGAAUGGAGAUGCCAUUAAGUAACAGAAAUCUGUAUUUUUUUAAAAGAGGAACCAAAAAAAUGUUAAAUUAAACUUAUUUAAAUCUAUAAUUUGAUAUAACAGUAUUAUACAUAUUAUAAAGAACAAAGUUUCUAAUUGCUGCUUUAAAAGUAGACUUUUUUAUAAAAUUUAUUUCUACUAGGAAACUUGUUUUAAAAUAGGUUUUUUCCCAAUUUUCUGAUGUUUGUUAUCUGAUUGGCAAGACUAGGUAAAAAGAUGUUAACAUGAACAAAUGUAUUUUUAGUGGUGUGUAAAUGAAGGAUCCUACAAGAUUAAGAGAUAUGUAUUUUUAUAUGAAUGAAUGUUGGUUUGGGGCUGGCCAAGUAUGUGUGUGUAAGUGUAAGCAGGUCUCAUGGUCAGUAUGGCUCUGAAGUAAUGGAACUCAUUUCCUCCUGUAACCUCAACAUGCAACUUUAUGGUUACAUCUCUUGUAUGUACACACACAUAGACACACACUUUACAGCCUGUGAAGGACAGUUGAUGUUCACAAGAGAUGAUUGAUAGGUAGCAAAAAUUAGAUGACCAAAUUUUGCCUAUGAAAAAGAGUAGAAGGAAAAAAAGCAAUUGAACAAAUAUAUGGUAUACAAAAUCAUAAGCAGUCUGAUACCCAUUUAUUAAAACAUCAUCAGUGACAGUGAAUUAAGUUUUAAAUCCAUAUUUUUUCCUACUCAUUAAAAUAAAACUGUUGGUAGCAUGAAACCAACAGAGAGUAAAUGUUUUUGAAACAUUUAAUGAGGUGACUCAUGUACUUCCACGGGCAAACACUAUCCAGGAAAAUCCUUGCCUGUUUCCCAAGUUCCAGAAAGUGUGUGGUCAAGUAUAAAAUGGUUCAGAACACCUCACUCCACCCCAGUCUUCCUAUUCCUACCAAAGUUUGAAACGAUUUCACUUGCUCUGCUUGGUUAAAGCCCCUCUGUGCCCUCUCCUUCAUGACCCUUUGGACUCUCCUGGAGCCAACAACACAGCUCAAGCCCAGUGGGUUUGUGUACAUAGCAGAACCAAGCAGCUUCAUCUCUAGACACAGUACUUCUCUCUCUGAAAGUCUUUUCCCAAGGAUAAUAUUUCUAACCAGAUCCAAAAACCUCUUCAGCUUGCUUCUCAAGAGGAGAAGGUAAAUACUGUUUGGGGACACAGUUUUUAUGGCUCUUAUAGCUGACAAAAUUGGAAAGGAAUUUUUUCCUCAGUGAAUUAGAAAGAAAAGAUGUUAAAAACAGUUUUUGAAGUAUUUUUAAAAUUAAACUUUACCUAAAACACUGAUUAUUUAAGCAGUUUAAAUUCAAUUCAAAAGAAGUGUUGAUUUGUGAUUAUUAUGGCUUGUGCAUAUAAUCUCUUUUUGCCUGUGCCUAACAAAUAUCUAUACUUAAUUUUUAUUUUUAAUGUAACAAAUGUUUGCCUAUGUAGAUUUUCCAGAGCCAAAUAAUGGGAGAGAAAAAUUCCUUAAAUGUUGUCUUAGAAAAUGUGUUGGAAAAUUAGGUUUCAAUUAUGCCGUUUCUAAAAUCAAGUAAUAUAGAAUCCUCAGUAAUAUGUUUUGAAUUGGAUUUUGUCUCAGUACUAAUUGUUAAAUAAUAAAUAAUACCUACAUCAAUUAGAUAGUUGGGUUUUUUUUUUUUUUGUUAUUCAACUACAGGCAUCCCUUGUUUUAUUGUACUUCACAGAUACUGAGUUUUUUACAAAUUGAAGCUCUGUAGCAACCCUGCUUCGAACAAGUCUGUUGACACCAUUUGUCCAGCAGCGUGUGCUCACUUCUUGUCUCUUUCACAUUUUGGUAAUUCUUGCAACAUUUCAAAUUUUUUCAUUAUUUGUAUAUUUUUAUGGUGAUCUGUGAUCAGUGAUCUUUGUAAUUGUUUUGGGGCACCAUGAACAGCACCCAUAUAAGUCAUCAAACUUAAUUAAUAAAUAUUGUGUGUGUUCUUACUGCU